AUGACAUUCUUUGAACAAGAAAAGGUUGAAAAGCAGUUGAUAACGCCUUAUGAUGUUCACGAUGUCGUAGCUAUGAAAAGUAUUGCCAGAUUAAAAAAUGAAAACUCACGUGAUACUUGUGGCAGCACACUGCUCACACAGCCCGAUGCACCGUCGGAAAUAGAAAUUAAGUUGUUGGAAAAUGAAAAGAAGUACCAGGCGCUAUUAAAAUCAUUCGAUAACGUUAUCAAGAGAACUGCGGCCGCCACUGGUAUAUCUGAACGUACUUUAAGAAAUAUAAAGACUGAAGCAAAAAAAAUUAAAACGAGCUCACCUGAGCCCAGUACUUCAAGUACACAAGAAAUAAAAUUGACAUCACCGAGAAAAAAGAAAAUAGCCACAAAGAGGUUGGAAAUAGAUGAUUUCAUGGUGUGUUCGAUUCGAAACAUAAUUGACCGUUUCUACAGUUAA